AAGUAAGAAUAAGCACCAUCCCCACAGUUAAGAAAUUUGUGGAGCCUGGCAGCCAGAGGAAAUCUGUUGCUGGUGAUAAAUACAUGGAGACUGUGAAGCGAGAUCUCCAAAUGAACUUUUAAUGUGCAAAGGCCCUGUUCAAUUGUGAGCACUGAGGGAUAAGAACAAACAUUCUGUACUGAGCAUCCCAGUGUCUUCAGCCUUCUUUCCAUUGGAUCAUCAUGUUUUUCAACACCUUGUUCAGUGACUGAAUUUCAGCAGGUUCAUUUGAUUGAAUUCCAGGCACUGAAGCCAGACAACAUCAAACAGGUAUGCAUGUGACUCCCCAUGAGGGGAGGAGUUUGGAGGCGCUCCAUACUCUUAGAACCUGAAGAGACAAAUUCUGUUCUCAGUUAAGGAGGAGAAGAACUUGGUCUGGGUCAAUACGUGAAGGGAAGUGGAAGCAAGGAAGCAUGUCUGGGAAACCCAAACUUACCUACUUCAAUGGAAGAGGACGCAUGGAAUCAAUACGGUGGCUGUUGGCAGCAGCUGGGGUGGAGUUUGAAGAAGAAUUUUUAGAAACAAAAGAACAGUAUCAAAAGUUAAUAAAAGAUGGAGCCCUGCUGUUUGACCAAGUACCAUUGGUGGAAAUUGAUGGGAUGAAGAUGGUGCAGACCAGAGCCAUUCUCAGCUACAUAGCUGCCAAGUACAACCUCUAUGGGAAGGAUCUGAAAGAGAGAGCAUUAAUUGACAUGUAUGUGGAAGGAACAGGUGAUCUCAUGGGAAUGAUCAUUGCCUUUGCUUUCACUCCACCUAAGGAGAGGAAUCUUGCCUUAAUCAUUGAGAGGGCCACAAUCAGAUACUUCCCAGUCUAUGAAAAGGUUCUGAAACAACAUGGGCAAGAGUUUCUUGUUGGCAACCGAUUCAGCUGGGCAGAUGUACAGCUGCUUGAAGCCAUUUUAAUGGUAGAGGAGAAAGAGCCCACUGUGCUUUCCAAGUUCCCUGUGUUACAGGCUUUUAAAGCAAGAAUAAGCAACAUACCUACAAUUAAGAAAUUCCUACAGCCUGGCAGCCAGAGGAAGCCCCCACCUGAUGACCAAUAUGUGGCGACAGUGUUGGAAGUUUUAAAAAAAGAUUAAAUGCCAGGUUCCAUUCAGAGAGGUCAUCAAAAUCUAAAAAGAACAGGCCAGUUUAGAUGAUCAGCACUACCAUAAUUAAAAGCAAUGACAUUCCAGUGACAGAAAAUAGUAUCUAAUUACUCUUGCUGUUUGAGUGGUUUGUUUUAACAAGUGUCAAGUCCUUCAUAAAAUAUGAAAACAAAAGAUUAU